AUGAGAAAUCUAUUUGUAGUAAUAAAGCCAAUAUUGCAUGGUUUAAUGAAAGUAAUUGGGAUGACAUCCCAGUUAGUGGAAGUAGAGCCUGGAACUACCUUACAUUUUUGGAUUCCAACCAUCAAUUCAACCAAGCCUGCAGUUGUAUUUCUUCAUGGAUUUGUUGCCAAUGGAAUCAUGACUUGGCUUUUUCAAAUGAUCUCCUUAAGAACUUCUUUUGCUGUCUACGUCCCUGAUUUACUUUUCUUCGGAGACUCCUUCACCGAUCAUCCUCAACGCUCAACGACUUCCCACGCUCAUUGUUUAGCAAAAGGUUUGAAGAAACUCGGAGUUGAAAAGUUUUCUCUAGUGGGAUUCAGUUAUGGAGGAAUAGUUGGGUUCAAGCUGGCCCAAUUGUAUCCUCACAGUCACAUGGUUGAAUCUAUGGUUAUGUCAAGCACAGUUAUAGAGAUGACUGAAUCUAUUAGCAAUGCUUCUUUGAAGAACAUUGGGUUCACAAAUUGGCCUGAUUUUCUUUUGCCCAAAACCAUCACUGAUCUCAAAAUGCUUUUAUCAAUUGGCAGUCAUAAGUUUCCUUGGUUCCCUCAUUUUUUCUUCAGAGAUUUUCUUGAGGUUAUGUUUGGUAACAGAAAGGAGAAAAUAGAACUUCUUGAAGCCUUUGUAAUCAGUGAUAAAGACGCUACUACCCCUAAAUACUCACAGAGGAUUUACCUUUUAUAUGGAGAUGACGAUAAGAUCUUUAAUCAAAUAAUUUCAGAUACCACGAAAGCAAAAUUGGGAGAAAAUACGACUGUGGAAUACAUAAAAAGAGCAGGACAUCUUGUUCAAUUGGAGCGGCCUUGCACAUACAAUUGUUAUCUCAAGAAAUAUCUUUCAUGCAGUACUAGAAUAUAAGGAAAUAGCAGUGGAUA